UUCAGUAGCUAGCUCAAAAUGUCUCUAACCAACGACAUUGACGAAUCCCUUAAAGAAAAGGUAACAGUAACUCAACGUCCUAAAAUACAGAAGAACAGUGUUAGUUCAGAAGAACGCUCAGUAAAGACAGCAAGUGUCUUUGGAGGUGACGAUGCUGUUGACAUCGAUGCUAAUGUGCAGUAUGCGGGUAUGCUCAAGAAGCCUCCAUUUGGCACCAAGUCGUAUGGAAUGCUCACAAGAUGGACUGAACGGUUCUGUGUCGUAAAAGAGAGUUUCCUCCUGUACUACGACAAGUCGGAAAAGAAACAUUACGAGUCCAAGAAAAUGUUCAACAUCCAUCCCAAGGGCGUAAUACCAUUGGCUAAUUGCCACAUAGAAAAGUGGGAUGAUACUGGAAAACCUGGCUUCAAAAUAACACACGCUAGUUUCAAAACAGAUCUUGAAGAUGGACCAACCCGGAUGUUUCGCAAUAGCUCCAUGUCCAUUGCUGGAGCGCUGCGGCGUGCCAGCAUGGUCCGGCGCAAACCCGCCGCUGAUGGUGACUCCGCCUCCGUGAGUGAACAACCCGGAAAAGACGGUAACUUGGUGAUGGCAGCGAGGAGUGCAGACGAGCGAGACAACUGGAUAAAGAUCCUUCAGGAAUGUAGUAAAAUCACGUGGAAUAACGCGCAGCUAGGAGCAGCACAGAUAAAGCAGUUAGAAGAGAACACGAACAGAAUUAACAAAGAGAAAACAGAGUAUAUCGAGAAGUUAAAUAAUGAGGCUGAGGCUCUGAAACACGAGACAGGAAAGAAGGAAGAGUUGGAGAAGUUGUCUAAGAAGUUAGAGGAGGAGAGGGCGGCAAUGGAGAACGUUGCAAAUCAGUUUAAAGAAGAGAAGGAGAUGACCGCACAAGAGUUAUUGGAUGCAAUGGAAGCCAUGAAGAAGCUGGAUGAAGAAAGAACGAACCUGGAUACUGCUAGUAAAGAACUGGAGCAGAACUUGAAGAGAGUCGGCGAAGAGAAGGCCAAGCAGGAAGAUUUAGUCAAAAAAGAGCAGGCAGAAAAAGAGAAACUAGCAGCUACUAGCAACGAGCUUAAGUCUCAUCUGAUGACUGUCGAGGAGGAAUCGAAGAAAUUGGUGGCAGAAAAACAAAAAACUGAGCAGCAAUUACAAUUCAGGCUACAGGAGGAAGAAAAGAAGGCUCAAGUUUUUGAAGAGGAGAAGAAGAAGUUGCUGCGAUCCGCCACUGAGGCUCAGAUAAAUCUCGAGGAAGUACACGCUAAAAAGAUGGAGACUGAGCUCGAGCUGGGUAGAACUGCUGGCGUUUUGGAGAUUGAAACGAAAGAAAGGAAGAGGCUGGAGAAACGACUAAGAUUAGCUGAAGAUUCUCUCAAACGACUGGAUCAUGCGCUCAGAGAUUCCGGACUUAAUGUUUCUAUCGAUAUUGAAGCAGAUGUUGGCACACUGAAAUCUUUCUUCGAGGAUGCUGUAGCUGAAGCUGAACACCAAGCCAAGAAACAUUUGCUCAUGGAAGAUGCAGUCAGGGCAAGGAAGGAUUACGAGAAACGAACGUCGAAACAUAAUCCUGACUUUUUGGCUGCUAGGCAAAACAUGAAGAAGGUACAAGUGGACCCUCGUUUGAUGGGAGACUCUCAGUCCACGGUAAGUCCAUCCCACUCGCCAGAAAACCAGAUGAGGCCGGAGGAGGAACCAGUCAAAAUUAAUGGAGAUGCAACCCACGAGGAGUUGGCAGUAAUUUCGGAGGCGGCUGCGGAGGUCGCGGCUGUUGAGAGUGAUGCUGCCACUACUGUUCCUGAACAAGCUGCCCCAAUUGAAGCUGCCCCAGUAGAAGAAGCUGCCCCAGUAGAAGAAGCUGCCCCAGUCGAAGCUGCCCCAGUCGAAGCUGCCCCAGUCGAAGCUGCCCCAGUUGAAGCUGCCCCAGUAGAAGAAGCAGCCCCAGUUGAAGCUGCCCCAGUCGAAGCUGCCCCAGUUGAAGCUGCUCCAGUUGUAGCUGCUCCAGUCGAAGCUGCCCCAGUCGAAGCUGCUCCAGUCGAAGAAGCUGCCCCAGUCGAAGCUGCCCCAGUUGAAGCUGCCCCAGUAGAAGAAGCAGCCCCAGUUGCAGCUGCCCCAGUUGAAGCUGCUCCAGUCGAAGCUGCCCCAGUUGCAGCUGCCCCAGUUGCAGCUGCCCCAUUAGAAGAAGCUGCCCCAGUUGCAGCUGCCCCAGUAGAAGAAGCAGCCCCAGUUGCAGCUGCCCCAGUAGAAGAAGCAGCCCCAGUUGCAGCUGCCCCAGUUGAAGCUGCUCCAGUCGAAGCCGCCCCAGUUGCAGCUGCCCCAGUUGCAGCUGCCCCAUUAGAAGAAGCUGCUCCAGUUGCAGCUGCCCCAGUUGAAGCUGCCCCAGUUGAAGCUGCCCCAGUUGCAGCUGCCCCAGUAGAAGAAGCAGCCCCAGUUGAAGCUGCCCCAGUUGCAGCUGCCCCAGUUGAAGCUGCCCCAGUAGAAGAAGCAGCCCCAGUUGCAGCUGCCCCAGUUGAAGCUGCUCCAGUCGAAGCUGCCCCAGUAGAAGAAGCUGCCCCAGUUGCAGCUGCCCCAGUUGAAGCUGCCCCAGUUGAAGCUGCCCCAGUUGCAGCCGCCCCAGUAGAAGAAGCAGCCCCAGUUGCAGCUGCCCCAGUUGCAGCUGCCCCAGUAGAAGAAGCUGCCCCAGUCGAAGCUGCCCCAGUUGAAGCUGCCCCAGUAGAAGAAGCAGCCCCAGUUGCAGCUGCCCCAGUUGAAGCUGCUCCAGUCGAAGCUGCCCCAGUUGCAGCUGCCCCAGUUGCAGCUGCCCCAGUAGAAGAAGCUGCCCCAGUUGCAGCUGCUCCAGUUGAAGCUGCCCCAGUUGAAGCUGCCCCAGUUGCAGCUGCCCCAGUAGAAGAAGCAGCCCCAGUUGCAGCUGCCCCAGUUGAAGCUGCCCCAGUUGCAGCUGCCCCAGUUGCAGCUGCCCCAGUAGAAGAAGCUGCCCCAGUUGCAGCUGCCCCAGUAGAAGAAGCUGCCCCAGUUGAACCUGUCACAGCCGAAUCUUCGCCGUCAGUCGUACCGGAACCAGUCAGUACUGAAGUCAAAACAGAAGCACCUCUUUCAGAAUCUCAAUGUGUCGAACAAGGGAGUUAGAAAAACCAUUUUCUUAGGAACUUAUCACCCAACUUAUUUAACAUUUAGUUUUAGGUUAACUUUGUUUUCAUUUUGUUUUAUAUACGCAAUGCUGUCGAUUGAAGACUCGUGUCAACAUUUGGAUACAGAGAUUAUGCGGGUGUUUGGAAAAUUGAGCCGCUUAAUUUCUACCACAGAACUUUUUGAGAGGCUGACGGGCUCGAUUUUGAUUCAAGGUGACCUAACUAGUGGGACCAUUCGAAGUGCUUGUACUUACUAGACUAUUACAAUAUGUUACUGUUAGGAUUUUAACAUCAUUCCUCAUAUUUCGGACAAAUCACCCAUUCGAUAUUGGGUGUUUAAAUUUACGUUUUCGAGUGAAGAUAAUUUCAGUUUGAGAAAUAUUUGUUAAAUUAGGGAAGUUCAAAUCGAUUAUUUGAAGUAAAUACCAAUAUUUAGGAAUGCAGAUUUUGGUGACCUAUAUAUUUGUACAUAUGAAUUUCGUUUUUUUAAAUAACGAAAUGCACUGUAACUUUAGCGAAAAUAUGUACAGAUGAACGUAGAGAACUGAAUAAAUGAAUAAAUAAGAAUGUUUGACGACUAAUGUCUUAUUUUGUUGUAAAACAAGAAUGUUUAUUCCUUAAGUUGUGGUUUAAAUCGUUUCGCCUUAAAGAUUGAUAUUAUUAACGUUUGAAUAUAAAGAAAUAUUUUAAUGUUAAGUUUUGGUGCCAAUUUUAAAUUCGUUGGUACAAAUAUCAUGGGUCAUUAAGAAGUGAAGUGGGCCGAAAGAUAUAUUGGGAUGAAAUUAAAAUUGAAUAACUGUCGCCUAUUUUUCAAUUUCAUGAAAUGUGUCCGUUGUCACUGUCAGUGUUCUUCUGAACGUGCCUGAACUUUCGUAGGUCUAAGACCUAAGUUGCAAUAUUUGUUUUAAUCUAUUUGUCAUUUUUAUAGCCACAAUAAUGUAAUAAUAUCUGGUUAAUGCUGAAGUUAUUUUGUUGCCUUGUGUCAUUGACUUGACAAAUUUUAUAUUUUGAAUCGAGGGAUGAAAUAAAAUAUGUACACCUCAUGCAUUCUUUUAUUUGGUGAAAUACAAAAAUAAUGUUUAACUUCUACGGAGGGAGCAUGACUCAUUUUUGGUGAAUAUGGAGUUGUACUUGUAAAUAACACUUGCACAGUAAUUGUGCAGCUUUUAAA